AUGGCAAAUUCUGUUUUUUUGGAAUCUUCAGGAAUUAAACCCUGCUAUGAAGAUUCUUCAGACUCUUCUAAAGAUCCUAAAAUUAUAGAAAAGGUUAAGAGUUUGCGUGUAAAUUUUUUGAAAAAAACAGAGUCGCAUUCCAUCGUCGAAAUCGAGGGCCUCGAUGUUUCCUUCGCAAAUGCUUUGAGGAGGAUUCUACUGUCAGAAGUGCCUACCCUUGCAGUUGAAACCGUUCAGAUUUACCAGAAUACUGGCGUAAUUCAGGACGAGUUACUGGCCCACAGACUGGGAUUGAUACCCUUCAAUGUGAACCCUGAUUUAUUCACAUUCAAGAACUGUGAGGAGAUAAAUGAUAAAAAUAGCGUUUGUUUUAAGCUAAAGGUCAAAUAUGACAGAAAUGAGCCUAAUUCUGGCAAUUAUUUACCAGUGUAUAGCAGCUUCUUGAAAUGGGUUCCUCUUUCCAGUAAUCAGGAGGCCACUUUCAAGAACAAUCCCCCGAAGCCUGUACACGAUAAUAUACUUAUUACCAAGCUUGCUCCAGGACAGGAAAUUGACCUAAACGUAUAUCUGGAAAAGGGGACUGGGAAGGUACACGCAAAAUGGUCUCCAGUCUCAACGGCGUUCUACAAGUUCAUGCCGUCAAUAAAGAUUAACGACACGCCUAAAUUAAGUGACUCUGAGAAGAGGGACUUGGCCACCAUUUGUCCCAUGGACGUUUUCUCCAUUAAAAACAGUGAAAUUAGUGUUGAGAACCCUCUCAACUGCACCAGUUGUCGAAAGUGCCUUGAAACGUACCCUAAACACGUUACGAUAUCUAAGUUGGUAAACCACAUUAUAUUUUCCAUUGAAAGCACUGGGUCAAUUCCGAGUUAUGAUUUACUUUUGGUACCUCUUUUGCUUCUCACUAAUACUCUGUAG